GACUGAUCUGAGAAUGCAAACUCUUGCUCUCCUUUCUUCUACUCUAUACCAGCCAAAUGAAUAUGAACCAAGAUAAUAAUGAGAAGGACGAUUCAGUGAAGCAUUCUCAACCAAUUCCGAUGGCUACACAUCACUGGAGGCACCGUUCCAUGUCGGUUUCGUCGGAAUCAUCCACUCUACCUGGCUCACCCCCGCAAGUGCAGACCCCGUUGAGCCUAAACUCUCCCCGCGUUCCAGUUGCUUCCCCAUCCAGUUCUCCUAUCCUUUCGUUCCUGUCUCAGUCCCCAACAUCAAAAUCUCCAUCUUCUGUUCCUUACCGCGGGUUUGGCGGUCAACCUUCGUUUGAUGAAGACGCCCUCGACGAACUUCCAGCAACUGUUCACUCCCGUCGGGCUGGCACAUCUGGGCGGUUUGCGCCCAUUCCACCUGCCCCUGAAGCCCAGCACGACCGUGGAGCUGGGUUAUUAAGGCGUCUAUCGCUUGGAAGCGCACUUGCAAAGCCCCCCAACAUGGAUAAUACUUGCUCUCGAAGUCCUACGAGCCCUACUGCUCCACCGAACUCCGCAGUCACCCCUACCAUGACAACCUCACCUGCUUUUUCUACCCGUAAGGCAAGACGCUCAGCAACGGUGAGCAUCGACAAUGGACGUCCACGUCGCGCGCCUUCUCCCAUGGGCGAGAGGAUCCUGAAGGGUCAUUUCGACGGCUUCAAUUAGCAGGCGACACGCCCACCAUCAUUUCUUCGCCUUACUUCCCACCAAAUACCCUUCGGACUCUCGCGCGAACAGUGCUCUCAAACUGUACCACCAAUAUUGACUGCCGUAUCAACAAGUUCUCGGUUAUGUGACGAAGUAGCCCCCGCUUCAG